AUGGGCGUGCUUCAGGACGCUAAUGUCACGUCCCUGCUUUUCCGGAGCCACUCUCGUUUGGUUUUGGUGACCGCCUCCCACGCUCCCCCCCUCCCAUGCCUUCAACGCCACCCGGAGGUCACUUGGUCACGUCUCGCCUUCCCUCGCCGUGCCUAUGAUUGGCCACAUGGUCCACCAUCCGGCCUCGGCUGCUGUAAGCCUACUUCCUCCAUUCGAGCUUUCAGCAAUGAUGGUCUUCGGAGCAGCACUGAGAUCCGGGAUGUGGGCGGCCGGCUCCAGCUAAUGUUGGGCUUAUUUACCCUCCACCAGAUAUUCGUGGCGUUUGCUUCUCAGGUAAUCGACAAGACUGCGCAGUUCGUGGCCAAGUGCGGUGAAGGUUUUGAGCAGCGAGUGCUUCGCGAGCAAAACCACACCAAGUUCGCGUUCUUGUUGCCCAACAAUCCCUACAGGCCUUACUACGAACACAAGGUCAAGGAGUUCAAGACCGGUGUUGUUGAGGAGACAAAGCCCGAAGUGCCUCAGGCAAUCAUAGAUCAAAAGGCCAAGGAGGAUGCCAAGAGGCUGAAAAAGGAACAGCUGAAGGCAUUGACCAUGGGUGAGAAGAAGAAGAAGCAAGUGAAGCCACCACCACCCGACCAGUACGUUGUCAACCAUCCUUACAUUGCGCCCAUGGACACCGAUAUCAUCAAGCUUACAGCGCAGUUCGUCGCCAGAAAUGGCCAGAAGUUCCUGAUCGGACUGACACAGCGUGAAAGUCGAAAUCCGCAGUUCGACUUCUUGAAGCCUACCCAUGCCCUUUUCGGCUACUUCACUUCUUUAGUGGAUGCUUACACCAAGUGCCUGAUGCCCAACAAAGAUGAGGUAGAGAAGCUGAAGAAGUGUACUGGCAACCCACAGGAAGUGGUUGACAAGGCCAUGGCACGGUUUGCAUGGGAUGAGCAGGAGGAAGCUAACCGGUUGAGCCGAGAGGAGGAGGUGAAGGAGGAGAAGGAGCAGAUGGCACAGAUCGAUUGGCAUGAUUUUGUCGUAGUGGAGACGAUAGAGUUCACUGCAGAAGAUGAUACUCUGCAGCUUGCAGCACCAAUCGAUCCUUCAACUCAUGCUCCAAAGGGAGCUCCAGCGCCUCUGGAGCAAGCAGGCACGAUGUUUGCAGAGGCCCGGAUUGAGAAGCCGGUAAAAGGUGUGGAGGAGGAGAUCAGGGAAGAGCCGGCUGUUGACCUAGAGAAGGAAGAAAGGGAAAGGAGAGAGCGGGAAAUGGCAGAGCAGCGGGAACGUGAAGAACGUGAAAGGGAAGAGCGUGAGAAGGAGGAGAGGGAAAGGCAGCAAAGAGAAGAAGAGGAGAUGGUCCCCGAGGAGGAGCCCAUUGAUAUGGAGCCGGAGAUCCCUCUUCCGAUGCAGGAGCCAGAGAUGAAGGUUCGAAAGGACUACGUCCGACAGAAGAAGGGCAGUGCCCAGCGGCUGAUGCAGCGCUGCCCAAUCACAGGCCAGUUGAUUGCUGCUGAGGAGAUGUCCAAUCAUUUGAAGGUGCUCUUGCUAGAUCCAAAGUGGAAGCACCAGAAGGAUGCUCUGGUAGAGAGAGCCAGGAAAGAGUCUGCGUUCGCAGAUGACGUAGAGGCAAACUUGGCGAGCUUUGUCGCCAAAAGGCCUGACUUGUUCGGUACCGUGGAGGAGGAGAUUCGAGAAGCCGCAGAGGCAGGUGCUGAGGCCGCAGCACGAGAUGCUGGUGCAGAUGCCGGUCCGGCGCACACAAUGGUGCCCCCGACGGCAUAUGAUGCAGGAACGGCACAGAAGGCUUUGCCUUCAAAGCCUGGUGCUGCCGGUUCAUCUGCGUUGCCAGCACCUUCCAUGCCGGCUCUUCCCAGCGGACAGCAAGGUCCCAUUGCGGGCGUGUCCACAAUUAAUGCGAGGUUGCCUCAAGCAUCCCUCGUCAAUCAGCAACAGAUGGGCGGUGCCCCGCCUGGCAUUCGUCCACCAGGUAUGGCCGGAGGCCCAAUGGCUCUAGCAGACGAUGACGAGGAUGAUGAACCCAAUGCCAAGAAGCCCCGACUCGAUGAUGGAAGCCUGCAAGCUGAAGAGACAUGGGUCCAGAAGCACCCCGUGCCCAUAGCUGUGAUUGUCCAGGUGAACCUUGGUGCUGACGCUUUGGCGGCGGGUAUUCAGCCUGCCAUACCAAUCGAAGUGUCUGUCCGCAACAAGGUGCAAGAGCUCAAAGGAAUGCUGGUUCCCAAGGUAGCAGCCGUCGGUGUGACUGCAGCCGACAUGAAGCUCAAGGUGUCGAGCUCAGGCUACGUCCUGAAGAACGCUCACUCUCUGGCCUUCUACAACAUUGGGCCUGGCAACAUCAUCGAGUUGUCGAGAAAAACGCGUGGGGGAAAGUGA